AUGUCUCAGCCUGUCAAAGGCAAAACUGCCAUCGUCACUGGCGCUGGCAGCGGCAUCAACCUAGCAUUUGCCUCUUCUUUGCUUGCAAAAGGGUGUAAUGUUGUUUUGGCCGAUCUUGCCCUGAGGCCAGAGGCUCAGAAAGUGCUUCAAGAGCAUCAAAAGGAUACCAGGCCAGACUCCCAUGGCAUCGCCGUCUUCCAGGAGACAGACGUUCGAGACUGGCUCCAACUUGAGCGCAUGUUCACAACAGCCAAGCAGCAUUUCGGUCGCAUUGACAUAGUCUGUCCUGGCGCUGGCGUCUAUGAACCUCCUUUCAGCAACUUCUGGCAUCCUCCUGGGACUUCAGCCAGCCGAGAUACCAUCAAUGGCGGGCGAUAUGCCCUCUUUGACAUCAAUCUGGUCCAUCCCAUUCGCUCUUCUCAACUCGCCAUAUCUCACUUUCUCGGCGCCAAAGACAGGGAAAACAAGACCAUUAUACUCAUCUCAAGCACGAGCGCACAGGACACCAGUAUCGCGACACCCCUCUACGAUGCCUCGAAGCACGCCAUCAGUGGUUUUGUUCGCUCCCUGAGCAACCUCAGCUCAGCCAAUAUCCGUAUUGCUGCUGUCGCGCCUGGCAUCAUCAAGACUCCUCUCUACACCGAUAACCCCGAGAAGAUGGCCAUGGUUGACGGUUUGCAGGAUGUCUGGGUUGAGCCUGAGGAAGUAGCUGAAGUCAUGGUCGCUUUGAUUGAAAGGGACACGAUGAGCGAGACGAUUGGAGAGUACCCUGAGAACGGAGAUAUUCAGAUCAAUGGUGGUACUAUACUCGAGGUCACCAAGGGUCGGGCCAGACCUGUACAUCCUUAUCAUGACCCAGGCCCGUCUGGACCAGGUGCUUUGGCUUCUAACAUGGCUGCAGCUGAAAAUGCUGUGAUGGAAAUGUUGAAGCCCGGAUGGGGUGUGCCAGAGACCAGCAAUGCUAAGUAG